UCACUUGCACUCAAAACCACCGUCUUGGAUCAUGAGCGACGGGUUCUGCAGCGUCUGGGGGGGAACCUUUCCAUUCCAAAAGUCUUCGCCUAUGGACGAUUGGAGCAUUUCGAGUAUCUGGCCAUGCAGCUCCUCGGGAUGAACCUUGGUGAAGUGCAAGCACGCCGUCCUCUACCGGCAGUAAACACCUUAGUGGUUGCUGAUCAGAUGAUCUCGGCUCUCGAACACAUACACAAGAACAAACUUGUCCACUGCGACAUAAAACCCGGGAACAUACUCCUCCAUCCAACCGAUUCCAAGCGCUUGUAUCUGGUCGACUAUGGGCUCGCCCGGGCUAUUGUACAUGUCAACCUCUCUACGGAUGAACCCCUGACAUCGCAUGCCAUUGGUACGCUGGAGUACGUCAGCUUGAACGUCCAUCGUCACAUUCGAUCAGCUCCGCGCGACGAUAUAGAAUCUCUUGGAUAUACGCUCCUUAGUCUUGCUCGGGGAGACCUUCCAUGGACAUACAACACUCGACAUGGAACAAGCAAGAAUCAGGAAGUUCAAGUUAGAAUCAAAAAGCAGCAAUUUAGCGGUGCUGACAUGUCCCCAGAUGGCUUACCUUGCUUUGGUCAAAUGAUCGACUACGCACGCAGCUUGAAGUUUGAUCAACUACCAGACUACGAGCUGCUGCGUUCGCAAAUACAAGAAACACGUGCACUAGCUGGCUUAUUGGACCCUGCUACAAUCAACUGGAAUAUUCCGGCUGAGGCUUCACUCUCCGUCGUGUCCCCUUGUAUGCGUGGAUACCAUUCCCUCUGCCCUGGACAGAUUGUAUGCUGCCAAAUUGAUGUUCGCACAACUCUUGAGGGCUACAGCGCUCGAGCGGGUGAUCCAUUGUUCUGGUGGGAUCCCAGCCUCUCCCCUGAAAAAUGGGACACGGCGGUCCGCCCUGCGGUUGUUCUUCGGGUUGGAAUAGACGGACGAAGCAAGCUGCAGAGUAUUGUAGUCGUAUGUAUCGGACAAGGAGUCCUCUCUUCCACUGACAUGAAUGUUAUUCCCAUCUCCUCCUCGCCUACUGAGGGCAGUUUGACGCCGAGUCCCGCUUGGCCGCUCUCUGACUCCUACUGCUACAUAUUUCCUUGGCUGAUGCGAUUUGUGUGCUACCCGGGCGAGGAACUUCAUAUUCCUUCUCGUACUUAA